AUGUACACGAAAUUCUCUCUGCGCUUGGGUGGAAAACAGCAAGGUCACCCGAGAAGACUCGAUCUGAUGAAACUGGUCAACCUAAACGUAGACACUACCUACCAAAACACGUCAGCUGCUGAUCUAGACAGUCCGAUAGCCAAUUUGAUUUUGGAAACAUUCCUAUCCUCAUGCGAGGAUAGCGGCAUCGAUUCGCUCCCAGAUGGCAAACUGCCUAAUCUGGAGUAUGCAGACGACAUUAUCCUGCUAAGUGAAGAUCCAGGAAAGUUGCAAGCUUUUCUGGAUAGCUUGAGUGCCAGCAAAGCCAUGUUCGGUAUGCAUGUGCAAAAUAUUGCUACAAGACUGGGUUGGUCCAGCCACUAG